AUGAUUAAGAAGCAAAAAGAGGUGGAAAACUCUUCUCGCCCCAACCAGUCACCAGAGUCCACGGGGGUGGGAGGGAGCAAAAAAACCACUUACCGCGAAUUCUCCCAGGGUUUCCCCGAGCCCACCCAACCACAAAAAAACAUGUGCUAUUAA